GAACGUCCUGUCUUCUUUAAAAAAAAAAAACGCGUGUCUAUCUAUCGAUGUGAUCUCCAACAUCGCAUUUCUUCAGAUAUCAAUUUUCAUUCCGUAAAAAAUUGAGAAGCUUUUGAGUUCGUAAAACUCCUUUGAUCGUCUCGAAAGUCGAGGUUUUGAAUACGACCCUUUUGAAUCUGACAUCGGAAUGUUGCUUAGUUAAAUGGAAAAGAAAAAAACAGAUGACAGUCCUGUCCCUGUCAUUGCACCGGUUGAUAGAUUUGGGUUUCUGAAGCAAGAACAAGGCAACUCUCCUCCACGUUUCAUCAAAACCAGAUCAUCUACCAACUAUGAAAAGGAGGAGGGAAGGGUGACGAAAUGGAGGAAGAUGAUAGGAGCUGGAGGCAGUGACUGGAAGCAUUACGUUAAAAGAAAACCUCACGUUGUCAAAAGGCGGAUUCGAAAAGGCAUCCCUGACUGCUUAAGGGGUCUUGUCUGGCAGCUAAUCUCCGGAAGCAGAGACCUUUUGCUCAUGAACCCUGGUGUUUAUGAGCAACUGGUGGUUUAUGAGACUUCAGCUUCAGAACUAGACAUCAUCCGGGACAUAUCCAGGACUUUCCCAUCACAUGUUUUCUUCCAGAAGAGACAUGGACCAGGCCAAAGAUCAUUAUACAAUGUUUUAAAAGCGUACUCUGUCUAUGACAGAGAUGUUGGAUACGUUCAGGGAAUGGGGUUCGUAGCUGGUUUGUUGCUUCUUUAUAUGAGCGAAGAAGAUGCCUUCUGGUUAUUAGUUGCGUUACUCAAAGGAGCUGUCCACUCCCCAAUGGAAGGAUUGUAUCAGGCAGGGCUUCCACUUGUACAGAAGUAUCUGUUACAGUUUGAUCAGCUUGUAAGAGAGCUAAUGCCGAAGCUAGGAGAACAUUUCACUCAAGAAAUGAUCAAUCCGAGUAUGUAUGCAAGCCAAUGGUUCAUAACAGUCUUCUCCUACUCGUUUCCUUUCCACUCAGCUCUAAGAAUCUGGGAUGUGUUUCUAGCAGAGGGUAUAAAUAUUGUGUUCAAAGUGGGGUUAGCAUUGUUGAAGCAUUGCCAUGAUGAUUUGGUGAAGUUGCCGUUUGAGGAACUUAUGCAUGCUUUGAGGAACUUUCCUGAAGAUGCCAUGGAUCCUGAUACUUUGCUUCCUUUGGCUUACUCCAUCAAGGUAGCAAAGCGUUUGGAAGAGAUGAAACAGGACGGUGAGAAGCCUGUAGCUAAACCGGCUCAAACGGUCCACCCGGUUCAGCAAUAGUGUUUGAUAAGCUUGAGCCCCCAGGGUCUGUUAAUUGUGGAUUUCAUUCAGUUUCAUUCUCUUUUUUGCAACUCACGUGUGAAGAAAGUAUAGUUGUUUUUUAUUUAUUUCUUCUCUAAUAGAAUUUCGAUUCCAAGAAAAUCAAACUUUCUAGUUUCUCCUUUCUUUUUUGUGUUGUUUUGGCAUGAUUUUUUGUGUGUGUUUAACAUGCUUUUGUAACGUCUAAGUCAAUGUA